AAGCAAAUCUGAUUCAUUCCACAACAUUGAUGAUUGUUUAGCUUCCUUUAAUUUGAUGCUUCAUAGUAAUCCUCCUUCCGCUAUUAAGGAAUUUAGUAAAUUGUUCUCUGCACUUGUUCGAAUGAAACAUUAUGCUACUGUCAUUUCUCUCUCUAAACAGAUGGAAAUGUUUGGAAUUUCACAUAACAUUUAUUCUUUAAGUAUUUUGAUUAAUUUCUUCUGCCAUCUAGACCAUGUGGAUAUUGGGUACUCUCUUAUCGGUAAAAUCUUCAAACUUGGUUUUAAGCCUGACAUUGUAACGCUUACUACCUUAAUCCAUGGGCUUUGUAGGGAGGAUAAAUUUGGUAAAGCCGUGGAUUUGUUUGAUGAUAUUGUUGAAAAAAAGUGGAAGGAAAGCUUUUAUGUUGCUAACCAAAUGUUUGAAGCAAACGUCACACCAAAUUUAUAUACCUUCAAUACCUUGGUUGAUGGACUUUGUAGGGAAGGAAGGUUUCAAAAGCUGCAUGGUGCAGUUAAAUUGAUGAUGCAUGAGGACUUAGAGCCUGAUGUUAUCACCUUAAGUUCAUUAAUGGAUGGAUAUUGUGUACAUAACCAAGUGGAUCAAGCUAGAGAAAUAUUUGACCUGAUGGUAAGCAAGGGCUGUACACCUACUGUUGUUACCUACAACAUCUUGAUUCAUUGCUACUGUAAGAGAAAAAGGAUAGGUGAAGCAAUGCAGCUUCUUGAUGAAAUGCCUUGCAAAGGCUUGAUGCCUGACCAUUUCACUUAUAAUUCUCUUAUACGUGGCUUGUGUAAAGCAAAGGGCCCUUGGGCUGCGCAUAAGUUUUUCAAGGACUUGUGUGCUAGUGGCCAUUCUCCAGAUAAUGUAACCUACUCAAUUCUGAUGGACGGCUUUUGUAAUCAUAGGAGUGUUGAUAUGGCGUUGGAUCUAUUUCAUGAAAUGCAAAAGAACUUGUUGAAGCCUCACCUUAUUAUUUAUAAUACCUUAAUUGAUGGUAUGUUCAAGGUUGGAAAGGUUAAAGAUGCAAAGGAACUGCUUUCUAGACUUCCCAUAGAAGGGUUGUAUCCUGAUGUCUGCACAUACAAUACAAUGGUCAAUGGACUUUGUAAAGAAGGAUUAUUAGAUGAAGCAUUGGAGGUUUUCCGGGAAAUGGAAGGGAAUGGUUGCUUACCAAAUGGUUGCUCUUAUAACGUGAUUAUCCAAGGAUAUCUCCGACACAACGAUGUGUCCAUGGCAUACCAACUUAUUGAGGAAAUGGUUGGCAAGGGGUUUUCUGCAGAUGCGACUACCGUGGAGUUGGUAGUAAACAAUGAUCUGCUUGUGAAAAAGCUACUAAGCUGCUCUGCUACUAAGCUGCUCUAAAAGUUCUCAAGACGUAAAGUUGAAGUGAGAUUUUAAGAAAGAAGAAUUGUUAUACAGUCACUGGAGAUGUUGUUCUGUUUUGGGUUAUAUGACUUAAAUUUGUCUCUAUUUUCUGCAAUUCAAUAUUUAUAUUUGUAUCAGACUUCUGUGCAGCUGGCAUUGGCAAUAAGUUGUAAUACUAAUUGUUUUUGUUUGCUAUCAAGAGAA